AUGGAACUCAACCGAGAACAUUUUCGCGCCAUAAUUUAUUACAACUUUCAGAAACAAUUGUCGCAACAAUCAUGCCUUGCUGAGUUACUGUCCGUUUUCAGCAACGAAGCGCCACAUCAGUCGACAAUUUCCCGCUGGUAUGGAGAAUUCAAACGUGGACGGGUGAGUCUUAGCGACGUUCCCAGGGUGGGUGCACCAAAAACGGAAGUCACCCAGGAAAACAUCGAUGCUGUGCGCAAAUUCAUCAUUGAAGAUAGACAAGUGACAUAUAGCGAGAUUGAGGCGUCCUUGAAGAUCUCAAAGACCUCAAUUCAAAAAAUUUCACAUGAAGAAUUAGGAGUAAGAAAAUUAGUUUCUCGUUGGAUUCCCCACCUGUUGGCUGAAGAGCAGAAAGCAGCCAGGGUUGAUUGGUGUCAAAAAACGCUUGACCGUUUCAAUUCCGGAAACUCAAAAAAUGUGUACAGCACUGUUAGUGGUGAUGAAUCGUACAUUUACUGUUAUGAACCAGAAAAUAAUCGACAGUCGGCUGUUUGGGUGUUCCAAGGUGAAGAAAAUCCAACAAAAGUCAUCCGUUCUCGAAAUCAAAGAACUGCUACUGCAGAUUGGGAUACCACCAUUUGUUUGCCAAAAGUCAUCACCGAGCUUCGAAAAAUCAACCCCGAAAGAAGAAUCAUCCUCCAACAAGACAAUGCAAGCUCGCACACAGCCCAAAAAACAAGGCAGUAUUUAACGGAAGAAAACGUAGAAUUAUUGGACCAUCCUCCAUACAGUCCCGAUCUAAGUCCUAACGAUUUCUUUACUUUCCCGAAAAUUAAAAACAGACUGCGUGGUCAAAAGUUCCAGUCACCAGAAGAAGCAGUUGACGCAUUCAAAAAUGCCGUUUUGGAUCUGCCAGCAAACGAGUGGAAUAAGUGCUUCGAAAAUUGGUUCGAGCGCAUGCAGAUGUGUAUUAAUCUUCGUGGAGAAUAUUUCGAAAAACAAUAAAGUCAUUUAAAACUACCUACCGUGUUGUUUUAUUUCCAUAUGCAAAACUUAAAAGACAUCCCUCGUACCUACCUUCUAA